AUGAGAAGAAACAUCAACAAUCAAGCAAUUGGGUCUUUGCCAGCAUGUUUGGAGCAAGGAAGAUUUAGAGGAGCGCGAUGUAAACGACGUAUUGUUCAAGUUAAGGAAAAUGUGUCGUCUUAUAUCCGCCUGUUGAUUACACUGGCCAAGUUCCAACGUUAUGUGUGGAUUGAUGCGGCAGCCCGCAGACAGCGUAACCGAGCCAAAUAUGGAAAAAAUCGACUAGAAUUACACUGGCCAAGUUCCAGCGCUAUGUGUGGAUCGAUGCAGCAGCUCGGAGGCAGCAUAAUCGAGCCAAAUAUGGGAAGAAUAGACAAGACCAAACCUCCUGUGGACAACCUUGACAACAUUCCGAAUUAUCCCGCGGGACUCAUGCGCUAUUUGGGAAUAAGCCCAGAGCCAUUAAAGACUCCUUUACCGAAAGAGUUCGUUCAAGAAGAAGAAUCUCAACCAAAAAGAGACCAAGUGUCAAAAGAAUCAGGGAAUUUUCUCACAAAUACUACCACUAACCCAGAACCAUCAAAAACUCUUUUACCGAAAGAGAUCGUUCAAGAAGAAGAAUCUCAACCAAGAAGAGAGCAAGUUUCAAAAGAAGCGGGGAAUCUUCUCACAAAUACUGCUACUAAUAAUGAUAAUGUGACGAAGAAAGAAGAGACCUCAUUAAAAAGAAAGAAGAAUGCAGAUCGAAACAAGAAAGUAAUAAAGAAGGAACCUCGUCAAGAUAUCGAGCAAAGUCGGAAGCCUGUCAAGAAUAGCUCCAGCGAAAUUCUAUUGGUUACUAGUACAUUCAUAAAGAAUUAA